UUCAGGGGAGUGUCCAGCGCUUCAAUUACUACACCCGGCAGAUUCACGAGUCUUUAGUAACACAGGUUGAUUCCAAGGAAACGGUUUAAUCUACAAUCAAUCCCAACGCUUUUUGAGAAGCUAUAUAAUUUCACCACCACCACAUCACCAUCGUUCAGUUUGUUUGCACAUAAGAAGGGUGUACACGAUUUUAUCCUAAAAUCUUUCGGAACGACAUGGCAAAAGGAGAGGGCGCAGAGCAGUACUCUAAUACGAGUCUUCUACAAAAAUCCAGCACAGAUGAUGGGAUCAAACUAGCAGCAAAGCAUGAGACAAAGAAUCGGCUGUCGGUGUGCAACAAGCUGUGCUACGCUAUUGGAGGAGCGCCGUACCAGAUAACAGGAUGUGCAAUUGGCUUUUUCCUCCAGAUCUAUCUACUGGAUGUUGCUUUGUUGGAUCCAUUUUAUGCCUCCAUCAUCCUGUUUGUGGGUCGAGCAUGGGAUGCCAUCACAGACCCCACGGUGGGCUUUCUGGUGAGCCGAAGCCCCUGGACCAGAUUUGGACGAAUGAUGCCCUGGAUUGUGGCAUCCACCCCGUUCGCCGUGCUUUGCUAUUUCCUCAUCUGGUACGUGCCCACGGUUGACCAAGGCAAAGUUAUCUGGUACCUGAUCUUCUACUGUGCAUUCCAAACGUUACAAACAUGCUUCCACGUGCCGUACUCUGCCCUUACCAUGUUUAUCAGCUCCGAUCAGAAGGAGAGGGAUUCGGCCACAGCGUACCGAAUGACCGUGGAGGUUUUGGGUACGCUCAUCGGCACUGCGGUUCAAGGUCAAAUUGUGGGAAUGGCCAACGCUCCCUGCAUCUCCUCCGGGAACGACCUCAACUCCACAGAUCUACUAGUGACUCCUAGUGUCAACCUCAACUCCACAGAUCUACUAGUGACUCCUAGUGUCAACAUCACCGAGCCUCAUGCUUCGCUGGGAGAUCUGAGAAAUGCCUAUAUGAUUGCAUCUGGUGUCAUCUGCUCCAUCUAUGUUCUCUGUGCCGUGGUGCUGUUCCUUGGUGUGAAAGAACAAAAAGAGACCUGCAGGGUAAGGACCCAACCCAUGUCUUUUGUCCAGGGUAUCCGUAUGGUAAUGGGAUACGGUCCGUACGCCAAGCUGGUCAUGGGCUUCCUCUUUACCUCUCUGGCUUUUAUGCUCCUGGAGGGAAACUUUGCCCUCUUUUGUAGCUACACCUUGGGUUUCAGAGAUGACUUUCAAAACAUCCUGCUUGUCAUUAUGCUCUCCGCCACACUUGCUAUCCCAUUCUGGCAGUGGUUCCUCACAAAAUUUGGCAAGAAAACGGCAGUGUACUUUGGAACGACAUCCGUGGUACCUUUCCUGAUCUCAGUCGUCUUUGUGCCAAGCAAUCUUAUCGUGACAUACAUUGUGUCCUUUGCUGCUGGAGUCAGUGUUGCUGCAGCCUUCUUGCUACCCUGGUCCAUGCUUCCCGACGUGGUGGAUGACUUUAAAAUCAACAAUCCUGAUUCUCAAGGCCAUGAAGCCAUCUUCUACUCAUUUUAUGUGUUCUUCACCAAGUUUGCUUCUGGAAUUUCUUUGGGAGUCUCGACCCUUAGUCUUGAUUUUGCCGGCUAUGUGCCGAGGGGUUGCAAGCAACCUGCAGAGGUUGAUUUAACGCUGAAGGUCCUUGUGUCUGCUGCUCCCAUAUUCUUCAUCAUUAUUGGGUUGUUAAUAUUCAUCAGCUAUCCUAUUAAUGAGGAAAAGAGACGGGGGAAUCGCAAAUUACUUGAAGAACAACGGGAACACGAGGUCGACUCCGAAACGGACUCCACAGAGCUCAAUGUGGUAUAAUAGCAACAAAAAAAAACUGCUGUUUGCCUAUGUUGGUCUGAAGUAAACUGCAUAGAGUGAUUGCUUUGAACCAACCGUACGUGUUGCCUUGUGGCCAAAAAUGUCCACUGGGCACCCUAAGCAGAGUAUCCUGAAAGACAGCCUUUGACAUCUAAAGUAGUACAAAGUGCCUUGUCGUUUCCAGUGCUGAUGGACACUAUUUUACAUAACACUUACAGUUGACAUAUCCGUUUUGUGCUGCUCGCUGGAUCUUUCAAUCCGGCCAACUUUUGAGGAAAGCACGAAUUCUGAUCUGCACUAACUCAAUGUAGGGUGGGACACGUCUUUGA